AUGUCGUCGACUUCCAUCUUCCGCGUUGCGACCCGUGCCGUGCGCCCUGCCAGCUUCUUCAGAGCUUCCCAGCUGCCCCGAUCCCGGGUGCAGACCCCAGCCAUUCUUGCGGCCGCCCGCGCCAGCAACUUCAGCACCACCUGCAAACGCUUCUCCGGCCAUCACGAAGACGAGACAUACGAGGAGUUCUCUGCCAGAUACGAGAAGGAGUUUGAUGCCGUUCAGGAUGUUUUCGAGCUGCAGCGUAACCUUAACAACUGCUUCGCCUACGACCUUGUUCCCUCCAUUGAGGUCCUCUCCGCUGCCCUGAAGGCCGCUCGCCGCGUUAACGACUUCCCCACCGCUGUCCGUGUCUUUGAAGGUAUCAAGGCCAAGGUCGAGACCCCCGACCAGUACAAGCAGUACCUUGAGCAACUCGAGGGUCUCCGCCAGGAACUCGGCGUUGCUCUCCGCGAGGAGCUCUACCCCCAGGAGGAAUAG